GAGGAAGGGGCUGCCCGAUUGGGAAGCCCGGCUUGGGGCCCUCCGAAUGAUCGGGGUUAGAGCUGACCCUGUCCCCAACCGGGGUGCUUAGAGACAGAGGACAAUCUCUUCCCACCCAUUGGAAGACCACCAAGCCGGGGCAGAGUACUUUAGCCUCUCCGCGGGAGAAGUGGGAGCAAGUCCCUGAGAACCGGCUAAUUACAAAAAAAAAGUUGUAUAUUAGCUUAAUUGGAGUGAAGUGUCAGUUACCAUCGCGGGGUUUUAACCUUGGCUGGAACUGGGGGGAAAGCCAGUUAUAUUAAUACUCUUCAGCGACAUAAGGAAGAGAAAAGAGAGCUGCUUCAGAACGUUUUUUUGGCCCAGGUGGACGGAAGGCAACGGAGAAAAAAGGCGCCGGUUCCCAAGAUGAGCCAACUCGGUGCAGCCUCUUGGAUGCGAAGUUGAAAACAAAGCCACGUGAUUCGGGUCAAAUGAUCUCUCACAUGAUCGCGGGUGGAGGAAGGGCUGGCCGGUGACGGUAAAAGGGUGAGCCGAGGAGGAGGAGGAACUGGGAGCAGUCUCGCUCUCUCGGACUAGAGAUGGAGAGCGAACCGGUGGCUGCGGAGGUGGCCGCUUUGGAGCCAUUGCUUGCUGGCAAGUCCUUUCACUAAAAGUCAAGAGGAGGACCAUCAGAAAGAACGAUGAUGCCUUUCCCCUUAAAGUUUUAAAAUUCAAAAGGAGAGGUGAGCAGGUCAAACCAUUUACACCAGAAGAAGCUAAAGAAAUUGUGAUGACUCUUCAAAAACCAGUGGUCUUCAGCAACAUGACUUUCGAUUGGCCGGUACUUCAUUGGAAUGUUACACAUCUGGCUAGUCUAUUGGCUGGAAAGAAAAUACUUUUUAGAAUAGGAAGGAAGGACACAGCUACAGCUCCUCUCUUCGAAACGGAGUGUGCGUAUGCAGAGGCUACGCUUGAUGAUUUUCUGGCCUGGAGUGAAGGACAGCAACCUUGUCCUUCUGGACCAUUCAGUAGUUAUGAUUUGUGUAAAUGCUGGAUGUAUGCUGACUAUAAGUACAUUGCUAGGCUAUUCGAAGACAAGCCAGAACAUUUCCAGGACAUUAGAUGGUCUGAUUUUGGAUUUCCUGGAAGAAAUGGAAAGGAAAGCACUCUGUGGAUUGGUUCUACUGGAGCAAACACACCCUGUCAUUUGGAUUCCUAUGGCUGCAACUUGGUGUUGCAGGUGCAAGGCAGGAAAAGGUGGCAUCUGUACCCACCAGAAGACUCCAGGCUACUUUAUCCUACCAGAAUUCCCUAUGAAGAAUCCAGUGUAUUCAGCAAAGUCAGUGUGCUUAAUCCAAAUCUGAGGCAACAUCCACUGUUCAAAAAAGCCCAAGCCCAUGUGGUUACACUUGAUCCUGGCCAGGUCUUGUUGGUCCCUAGACACUGGUGGCAUUAUGUGGAGUCCAUUGACCCCAUCACCGUUAGCGUUAAUUCCUGGAUUGAACUGGAUGCAGAUCAUGAAGCCCGCAUAGAAGAGGCAAUAACUCGAACAAUGAUAUGUGCAAUCAAGGCUGCAGAAAACCCCAGUGAUACAGAUUCUUGGCUCAACCCCACAGAGGUUGAGGUAACAUCCCAUAAUACCAACCUUGAGUAUUUAAACAAAGCGGUGUCUUCCUAUUUAGAACAUCAGAAGACAAGUGUAAUUAAGCACCAGGUCCCUCAAAUGCACAGUACUGAUGGAAUUCUUCAAGAGUCAUACAAGAGGAGGAAAGUACAGAUCAAUACAGAAUCUGCGUGCAUAAAAUCUAAACCCUGUGACUCUAGCAGAACAGUAAUUGAAACAGAAAAGCUGACAACAAUUCCCUGUGGACAGAGCCUUUUUCAGGUUUUACCACAGUCCCAGGAAACUUAUCCAACUGGAGUAGCUGAACGUGAAAGUGAGAGACAUUUUGGAAAAUUACAUCCUUUUGGGAAGACAUCUACGAUGACUACUAAUUCUGGGGCCCUCAUGGAGGAUCUAGAAUGCGUGACCACUUCCCCACAAACUCUCAUUUCUACAAAUGAUUUGCUAGAUUGUGCACUGAACCCACAAGUCGUGGGUUUAAUAGCUCGUCUUUUAUUGGAGAAAGUGAAUAUUUCGAAUCCAUUGAAAUAAAAAAAGCAAGGACAAAAUGUUCUCUGGAAGCUCCUGAACUUUGGAGAACUAGUAAACAAGAAUCGAAAUGCAUUUUAAAAAGUACAAAUGUAGACUUCCAAAUAAUAUAAUGGUUAAGCCUGUGAAAGGUAACGGGGCAGAUAAUACAUUAGGAGCAUAAUGGCAUUAUACACUGUAGCAAUAGUUAUAAUAAACAUUUCACCUAAAGGUUUAUAGGCUUUUAUAACACUGUAUCAUUUUAGGAACUUUUGAAUAGAUCUGUCAGGUUAAUGGUUAUUGUUCCGACAUGUAGACAUGGCUCCUGAAUCAGAGAGAGAGAUUAGUUUAUCUAAAGCCAGUAAUCCAAUAGGUGAUAUUGGAAAAGUAUUUCCAAUCAGAAGUUCAUGUUCUUACAGAAUUAACUCAAAAGAAGUGGGGGACAGUUACGUCUACUUUUCAGCGAUUAAGUGUUUUUCCUCCAGCCAUCUAAUUCCUACAUGGCAAAUGGACUCUAGUCUCCGAAAAUCUGUGCUGUAAUAAAUGCAUUUAAUCUUUGCCAUA